AUGAAUGUACUCAUAUAGUGCCAAAGCUACUUUUUACAUUAAUAAUAAUAAUUACUUAAAUAUUUUCCAUUCUUUUUUUCUAUUUUUAACUCUCACACUCCUCUAUCUCCCUCUUCCAAUUCUUUACAAUAUCACUAACAAUUAUCCAUCAAAUCUUUACACUAGCAUACAAUCCUUUUUUGUAAACAAAUUAAACUCACCACCCUAUUCCAACGUCAUUAAUUAAUAGCAAACCUAAUAAUAUCAAUAACUAGAUCUAAGUUUUUAUGGAAAAUUAAUUAAAUCUUUUUAUAUAUCUAAAACACAACAAAAAAUAUGAAAAAUACUCACAAAUUAAGUCCUAAUCAAAAAACUUUACAAAUUUACAACUAUCAGGAGAUGCUUCAAUAUGAAUAUAUGUCAUAAUAACUUAAAGAUCAAUUAAUGUUUAUAAUAGACUCUUCAAAUUAUUAGAUAUCGAUCAAGGAUGCACUUGAAAUUAUUAAAUCUGAAAAUUUUCUAGAAACUCAUAAAGCAUUAAUUCAAUUGCGAAAGACCUUAUCUGUAUUAUUCUUUCAAUAAUUUAAUAAGAAUUUUGAUUAAGCAGAAAUAUUAACUAAUGAACUGAUACCACUGUUAUUUUAUUUAAUCGAAUUUGGAAGUACGUACAUUCUUAAAUUAGAAGCUACAUGUUAAUUUAUUGUAUAUAUUAGAAAUUAUCUCAAUUUUUGCAGGUGGAAAGAGUGAUAUUUCAAGAAUAAUCUUUGAAAAUGGAAUAGUACGAUUAUCUUAAACCAUUUUAAAAAAUAACCAUCCAGAAUUAUCAAUGUUAAUGAUGGUAAUAUUAGGCAAGUUAGCAGGUGAUUCAAUUUAAUAUAGAGAUUGUAUUCUUCAAGUAUGUAAUUUGAAUAGAAUUAUAUCAAAUAUGCAAUUAAGAUAUGAAGCAACCUAUGUCUGGUGUUUAGCUAACCUAUGCAUUGGAAGACCUAGUCCAAAAUUUGAAAUAAUUAGACCAGCUUUCAAUAUUUUUAUGAAAGUCAUAAUGUAUGAACCAACAUAAACAAAUAUAAAAAUGAUGAAUGAUGCUAUUUGGGCACUUGGAUAUAUGUUAGAUGGAGAACCUACUAGAAUUCAAAUAUUAAUUGAUAAUGGAAUAAUAAUAAGAUUGAUAUAAUUAAUGCAUCAAUGUAACUUUGUUUCAAUUUUGAGAAUUUUUGAAUGUAUAUUCUAAGGAAGUUAAGAAUAAAUUAGUUAUCUGCUAGAAUGUGGAUUUUUAUCAUAAAUAAGAAAUAUUCUAGAUCCAAAGAGUAGAGAAAAAAGUGGUAAUAUGCUUUAAACAUUUGCAGCAACAGAAACUUUAUUUAAAGUUUUAUCUAAUUAGUAUUUUUUAAUAUCAUUAUUUCAUUCUUUGAUGGGUGAAAAUUAAGAUAUAAGAGGAGAUGCUUUAGAAAUGAUAGGAAAUGCAGUUUAACAUGGGACUAAUGAAGAUGUAAAUUAAAUGGUUAAGAAUAAAUUAAUUUAAAGUAUUUUAGGGAUGCUUGAAUUAUCAUAAAUAAAAGAAAUACAAUCUCAUCAUCUUAAAAAAGGAUUAGAAAUUUUAAUAAAAGUACUUCGGAAGGGUGAAAUUAGAUCAAAGGAUAGAUAGAACAAUUAGUAUUUUACACUAUUCAUAGAGAUAGAGGGAAAAGGUGUAAUACAAAAGCUAUUAUCCUCUAAAUAAGAUGACGUUGCGAAAUAUGCUUACAUCUUUAAAUAGGAAUUCACCAUAUGA